AUAAACAUGGCCUCAUCCUUAACCAAUUCCAUUUUUUUAGGGGUGUUGUGGAGUACCAUCCUUCUUUCCUUUGCUGCAACCUUGUUAGCAGCAGUAUCUUCACUGGAAUCAGAAGCUGUGGCUAUGCUAAAGAGUGGCUGGUGGAGUAGCUAUAGCAACGAUACUUCACAACGUUGCAAGUGGCACGGUAUUUCAUGCAACAAUGCAGGAAGCAUCACCAAAAUUAAUCCAUCUCCUGACGUCAUUCAGGUUGGUGAUAGAUUUGGAAAAUUGAAUUUCUCUUCAUUUCCAAAUCUUGUCCUUCUUGAUCUUAGCGAUCGUAAACUUGGUGGAAAUAUCCCGCCUCAGAUAGGUGAUCUAUCCGCAUUGAAGUACCUGGACUUGUCCUAUUGUGAGUUAUCUGGUGAGUUACCUUCUUCCCUAGGAAACCUAACCCAAUUAGAGUUUCUUGACAUUUCCUAUAAUGAUAACAUUAAUGGUUCCAUCCCUCCACAACUAGGGAAUUUGAAAAACCUGGUUAGUUUAAAUUUGAGUUGGAAUCAGUUUGCUGGUGUAAUCCCUUCUGAUUUGGGUCAAUUAACCAAUCUCAAGUCUCUGAUUCUUACGGGCAAUAUGCUUGUUGGUUCAAUACCUUUUACUCUGUAUCAAUUAACCAAUUUGGCAACUCUGCUUCUUGAGUUUAACAAACUUGAAGGUUCCAUACCUCCAAAUAUUGAAAAGCUAAAGAACCUCCAUACUUUCAGCAUCUAUAAUAAUAGAUUCACAGGUUCGAUUCCUCCAGCUCUGUGCCAUUUGACAAACUUGCUCAUACUUGGCCUUGGAAAAAAUCAAAUCAGUGGUUCAAUCCCUUCUUCUAUCGGUAAUUUAUCAAAUUUGCAAAAACUGGGCAUUCUUUCAAAUCUUUUAGAAGGUCCUAUACCAAAAGAAAUUGGGAAUUUAGAAGCACUCCAGGGCUUGUACCUCUCCCACAACAAAUUGAGUGGAUCCAUACCCUCACAAAUUGGGAAUUGUUUAAAUUUGUGGCAAUUGGACCUAAGCAACAAUAAUUUAGAGAGAUACAUCCCUUCUCAAAUUGGGAGUUGCUUAAGUUUAUCCUAUUUGGACCUAAGCAGCAAUCAUUUAGAGGGGUACAUCCCUCCUCAGAUCGGCAAAUUUUCAAAUCUACGAUAUUUAAAUCUCAGCUACAACAAUCUCUCAGGUGAAAUCCCUGUCUUGGAGGCCACUGAUCUCAAAAUUGUUGAUACCAAUAAUGGUUGUAAGACUAUCUAUCCCUAUCCAUUUGAAGGCAACAAGGAUUUAUCACCCUACCUCUGUUCUUCACUAACCAAUCAAACCAAGAGCAGUAGAACUCCUUACUUCACGAAAAUAUUCCUCCCUAUUGCCAUAUUCUCUACUUUUUCUAUUCUGGGGAGUUUGUUUUUAUGGCGGUUCAAGGCCAAAAAGAACCAAUCUGCUUCACAAACAACAAAAAAUGGGGAUUUGUGCUCAAUAUGGAACUAUGAUGGAAAUAUAGCAUAUGAAGACAUUAUUGCAGCAACAGAAGAUUUUGAUAUUCGAUACUGCAUUGGAACUGGGGGUUAUGGAAGUGUUUACAAAGCACAACUACCAUGUGGUAAAAUAGUUGCUUUGAAAAAACUUCAUCGCCUUGAAGCUGAGGAUCCGGGUUUCGACAAGAGUUUUAGGAAUGAGGUAAAAAUUUUGUCCGAAAUUCGACAUCGAAAUAUAGUGAAGCUUCAUGGAUAUUGUCUACACCGACGGUGCAUGUUUCUGAUAUAUGAAUACAUGGAAAGAGGAAGCUUGUUCUACGUCCUAAGUAAUGAUGAUGAAGCUGUGGAGUUGAAUUGGAUAAAAAGAGUUGAGAUCAUUAAAUCCGUUGCUCAAGCCUUGUCUUACUUGCAUCAUGAUUGCACCCCCCCAAUCGUUCAUCGAGACAUUUCAAGUAACAAUAUUCUGCUAAACUCAAACUUGGAGGCUUUUGUCGCUGAUUUUGGAACCGCUAGAAUGCUAUAUCUUGAUUCAUCUAAUCUGACUGUUCUUGCUGGUACAUAUGGCUAUGUAGCCCCAGAAUUGGCCUACACAAUGGUUGCGACCAAAAAAUGUGACGUCUAUAGUUUUGGGGUUUUGGCAUUAGAAACAUUAAUGGGAAAGCAUCCUGGAGAACUUUUGUCAUCAUCGUCAUCGCCAUCUUCUUUGCAAAAUAUGAAGCUAAUUGAUGUGUUAGACAGACGUCUACCACCUCCAACAAGCCAACUGGUUGCACAAAAUAUUGUUCACGCUGCUACACUAGCAUUUGCUUGCUUACAUACGAAACCAAAGUCCCGACCAAUGAUGGAAGAAGUGUGCAAAGAGUUUCUUUCUUCCCAAAAAUCUUUAGGGAUUCCUCUCCGAAUGAUUACUUUGUUGCAACUUGUGAACCGUCAAAUGCAUAUUGGUGGCCAAAGUGAAACUUAUCCUGUUUAA